AUGCCAAUUCUUGCUUUCCAUUACAGGGACCUGACAGCGAAUGAUCUACCUCUUCUGGAGAAUCUGCGCACUAAAUCCUUGUCUGCCAUAAGGGAAAAGUAUGGUGUACGCCCAGAUCAGAUUCGUGCAUACUUCCACUACCAACCAUGUUUCUAUCAUCUGCAUGUCCACUUUGUCAGUUUGAAAUAUGAUGCACCAGCCAGUUCAACUCUAGCCGCGGUUCUUCUCGAUGAUGUCAUCAACAAUUUGAAGAUCGUACCAGAUUUCUACAAAAAGGCCACGUUAACAUUCGCCAGGAAGCGGUCGGAUAAGCUUUUACAGAUGUUUAGGGAAGCUGGUCGAUUUGAAAUUGAAUAUUUAUGGAUGGAUCUUAAGGCUGUGAUUGAAAUGUGCUCGCUGCUUGUCUUGUACGGCAGCGAGACCGGAACAGCUGAAGAUGUUGCUGAAGGUAUCUGGAAGGAAGCUCGAUUACUGGAUGUACCCGCUCGAUUAUUCGGUAUGGAUCAAUACGAUAUUGAGAAUCUACCCAACGAGAAAGUCGUUGUAUUCGUUGUGGCAACAACAGGACAAGGUGAAAUCCCUCCAAAUAUGCGUUCCACUUGGCUGCGCAUGUUACGUAAAAGUCUUCCACGGGACUGGCUCCAGAAUGUGAGCUUGGAAUCUUUUUUGCGAAGUAAACUAGAACUCUACUAG